CUCCUGCUUUCCCCUGUUGUGAAUGAGGAGACAAAUACAACCGCCUGGUCUUCUCAUCCCCAAGGUUACAGAUGAUGCAACUUGCAAAACAUUCCCAAAACAUGAAACAAGAAGAGUAUUUAAAUGUAAUAUAAGCAUUAUACUUCUUUAUCCAUCACAGUGGCUUCAUUCUACUCUCUUUCCUCUGUGGCCAUCAUUUCUAUCAAAUGUUGGGUAACUCAAAGUGUAUAGGAAGAAAUAAGUGUUUUUCAUAGUCAUUAUUUUUCCAUGAGAGUGUUAAGGUUCAAGCGUAUCUUUUGUGGGAGCUUUGUUGAGUCCGAUGGAGCAUCCCAGGCAGUGUUCACCUUUCUACUGAUCCCAUGUUGCUUGACUCUGGAUUUCAGAGCACUCCCUCUUAUCCCAAAUGUGCCUUUCCUCUGGGCCUGGAAUGCUCCAACAGAACAUUGUCUUGGAAAGUUUAACGAGCCACUAGACCUGAGCCUCUUUUCUUUAAUGGGAAGCCCCCGAAAAAACAAAACAGGGCAAGGUGUUACAAUAUUUUAUGCUAAUAGACUUGGCUAUUAUCCUUAUAUAAAUGCAAAAGGCACAGAUGUGAAUGGAGGAAUCCCCCAAAAGGGGUCCUUACAAGACCAUCUGGACAAAGCUAGCAAUGACAUUAUUAAUUACAUGCCAACAGACAGUGUGGGCUUGGCUAUCAUUGACUGGGAAGAAUGGAGGCCCACUUGGGCAAGAAACUGGAAACCUAAAGAUAUUUACAAGAAUCAGUCUAUUGAGUUGGUCCAGCAACAAAAUAUACAACUUAGUUUCCAACAGGCUACCAAGAUAGCCAAAGCUGAAUUUGAAAAAGCAGCAAAGAGUUUCAUGCAAGAGACUUUAAAAUUGGGAAAAUCACUUCGGCCAAAUCAUGUAUGGGGUUAUUAUCUUUUUCCUGAUUGUUACAACCAUAAUUAUUACCAACCCAAUUUCAAUGGAAGUUGCUUUGAUAUAGAAAAGAAAAGAAAUGAUGAUCUCAACUGGUUGUGGAAAGAAAGCACUGCCCUUUUCCCAUCCAUUUAUUUGAAUAGCAACAAAUCUUCCCAAGAAGCUUUGUUCUAUGUGCGUAAUCGAGUUCAUGAAGCCAUUAGGAUUUCCAAAGUACCUGGUGCUGAAAGGCCACUUCCGGUGUUUGUAUAUUCCCGCCUAGUUUUUUCUGAUCAAGUUUUGAAAUACCUUUCUCAGGAGGACCUUGUGAAUACACUGGGUGAAAGUGUCGCUCUGGGUGCCUCUGGAAUUGUGAUAUGGGGAAGCCUUAGUAUAAUGCAAAGUAUGACAUCUUGUUUGAAUCUAGACAAUUACAUGAAGACAACACUGAAUCCUUACAUAAUCAACGUCACUCUAGCAGCCAAAAUGUGUAGCCAAGUGCUUUGCCAGGAGCAAGGUGUGUGUACAAGGAAAGACUGGAAUUCAAGUGACUAUCUUCACCUGAACCCAGAGAAUUUUGCUAUUCAAAUUGGGAAAGGUGGAAAGUACAUAGUACUUGGAAAUCCCACUCAUGAAGACCUACGGGAAUUUUCUGAUAAAUUUCGUUGCAGCUGCUAUCCCCCCUUGAGUUGUGAUGAGAGGGAGGAUAUGGAAGACAUUAGUGUUGAUGUGUGUGUUGCUGACAUUUGUAUAGAUGCCACUCUAAAAUCAAAACCCAGUCACCAACCUUCCAGCUGGAAUGAAAAAUCUUUCACUUCCCACGAUGUCUCAUCCUCCACACGAUCUGCCACAAUGUUUUUUGUUAAUAUUUUAUUUUUCACCAUGAGCUCUUCUGCAAAUUUGUAGUUGUACAUGUUAGCUAAAAUGAACAAUAUGUCUAUUUUAAAGGGUGCUUUUUAGACUAAUUAGAUGUCUGAAAACAACAUAUAUCACUGAAAGAUCUUUUUUGGAAAGUUCUUUCUAUACCUAGCGAAUGGUGAUUUCUUUUCAACUUGACAAACGCUGCAAUCCUGUGAGAUUUCCCAACCAUGAAUUCUAUUUGUAUUCCAGGACUCAACAGCUCACCUGUCAGUACUCUCCAGUCUAGAGCACACAACUCAUAUUGUUUGUCUGACUUGUAAAACUUCCAGGAUUGUUUCAACACAGUCAUUCUGCACAAGAUAUUGACAUUUCAAUGAAAUUAUAAUUUGACAUGGAGUGGUUAACAACUUGAAAGUGAAAACCUAUUAAUAAA